CGCGUGAGCGGCCGUCCGCGCGCUGCACUCGACUAGCGCGAGAGCCGCCGCUAUGGAGCCACAAAGGAAACUGCUCAACUCGCCGCAGAGCUGCGUGGACGAGGCCCUCCGUGGCGUCGUGGCCGCGAACGCGGGCCUCGCCCUGCUUCGGGGCCACAGGGUGGCGCUGCGCUCCGACCUGCGAGCGCUGAAGGGGCGCGUGGCGCUGCUGUCGGGGGGCGGGUCUGGGCACGAGCCAGCGCACGCAGGCUACGUUGGUGCGGGGAUGUUGUCGGCAGCCGUGGCAGGGGCUGUGUUUGCCUCCCCCCCUCCGGGGAGUGUCCUGGCCGCCAUCCUUACUCUAUGGCAGGCCGGGGUCUCAGGAGUCCUGCUCAUCAUCAAGAACUACACCGGCGACCGGCUGAACUUUGGCCUGGCACUGGAGCAAGCCCGGGCCCAAGGUGUGCCUGUUGCCAUGGUGAUUGUCGCCGAUGACUGUGCCUUUGCCCAACCCAGCAAGGCCGGACGGAGGGGCCUUUGCGGCACUGUGCUUGUUCACAAGUUGGCAGGGGCACUGGCUGAAGAAGGGCACCCACUAGAUGAAAUUGUCACCAGAGUGACAAAAGCGGUGAAGGGCAUUGGGACGCUGGGUGUCAGUCUGUCCCCUUGUAGUGUUCCAGGCUGUCUGCCCACUUUUGAGCUGCCACCUGGAGACAUGGAGCUUGGCCUGGGAAUUCAUGGAGAGCCAGGCAUCAAAAGGUUAAAGGUUGGUUCAGCAGACGAGGUUGUGAAAAUGAUGAUAGAUCAUAUGACUGAUUCCUCUAGCCAGUCACAUCUGCCGUUGAAAUCAGGUGACACUGUGGUGCUUUGUGUGAAUAACCUGGGAGCUCUUUCUUGUCUGGAGAUGGCUGUGGUCACUAGAGCUGCUUUCAACUGCCUGGAAGGGCGGGGCCUAAAGAUUGCACGUGUGAUGUCGGGGUCAUUCAUGACAUCGUUGGAGAUGACGGGCAUGUCACUCACUGUUAUGCGGGUGGACCAGGAGAUACUUCGGCUUCUUGAUGCUAAAACCACAGCUCCUGGCUGGCCAAACCUCAGUAGUGUUGACCUUAGUGGACGCAACUGCAUUAUGGAGCCAGCAAAAAGAGCCUCAGAUGCAGAAGUACCUACUGCUAAAGAAGGUUCGCUCAGCGCUGUGAUACGGAGGGCUCUGGAAAAGGUGUGUGUCUCUCUCUUGAGUGCGCAAGAGGAACUGAACGCGUUGGACCGGGCAUCAGGGGACGGAGAUUGUGGCAGCACACACGCACUUGCUGUUCACGCCAUACAGGAAUGGCUCUCUAGUCACGUGGUCCCUGGUUGUCCAGGGCAGCUGCUGUCCACUCUUGCUGGACUGCUCCAGGAGCGCAUGGGCGGGUCUUCAGGAGCGCUCUACAGCCUUUUUCUCACAGCUGCUGCCCCACUUCUGAGGGAAUGCAGUGACCCUGCAGCCUGGGCAAGUGCAGUGCUUGCUGGGACAGAAGCCAUCAGGAGAUAUGGAGGAGCGGAUCCUGGUGACCGAACCAUGUUGGACGCCCUUUGCCCAGCUGUUGAAGAACUGAAGAAACUCUCAUCAGUGCCUCGUGGCAGUGAGAUGGCAGUUUUGCAGGAAGCUGUUGAGAAGGCUGAGCUGGGGGCACAGUCAACAUGUGAGCUCACCGCCAGGGCGGGCCGUGCCAGCUACAUCGCUUCCAAACGCGUGACCUUGCCUGACCCUGGUGCCGUGGCAGUGGCUACCAUCUUUCGGGCCGUGUUUGUGGCCCUAGCAGGAAGCAAAUGACAGCAGCAGCAUUCACUGCCUCUGAUAAUUGUGGAAAGUUAUGAAAGAGUGUGUUGAGGCCAGAGAAUCAAGUAAUUUCGCAAACAUUCCCUACAGUUCUAAGAGUCUCCAACGGGAUUGGUUAGGAAAGGAUAAUACUUCAUUAAUUCGUGCAGGGAAAUUCACGCACAGCAGCUCAAAUUGAUACAAUAAUAAAGUGCAAUGAAAGUAGAGGAUUAAAUUAACUGAGCUGAGGCUUAAAAUUUAAAUCUUAUGCAGCACAAGAUAAUAGGAGGAAGUGGAGGCUUUGUUCAAAUAAAAGUGCUUAGCCUGCAGUUUCACACUUUACUGCUGAGUGUUUUAUUGAAGUGAUUUAGAUAAAUAUUGGAAGCCUACAAAAGCAGGGCCUUCGGUGGGACGUAGAACGGGGGAGGGGGGGAUGUGCUGCCCACCUCACACAGUGGAGAUUUCCAUUUCUCUUGCUGAAGACUUGAUACCAUCUAAUCAAAUCUAAGAAUUCAUGUAGUUUCAUUUCUAUAGUUAUAAAAUAAUAAACUGGUUUUUG